CUUUUGAAAUAAAUUCUUCGUGAAGUUAGUAACAUAGGCAAAAAUGCCGCGUAUUAUGAUCAAAGGAGGGGUGUGGAGGAACACAGAGGACGAAAUCCUCAAGGCAGCAGUGAUGAAGUAUGGGAAGAACCAGUGGUCUCGGAUCUCUUCCAUGCUUCACCGCAAGUCUGCUAAACAGUGCAAAGCCCGCUGGUAUGAAUGGCUGGACCCCAGCAUCAAGAAGACCGAGUGGUCUCGGGAGGAGGAGGAGAAGCUGCUUCACCUGGCCAAGCUGAUGCCCACCCAGUGGAGGACCAUCGCCCCCAUCAUAGGACGCACUGCUGCCCAGUGUCUGGAGCACUAUGAGUUCCUGCUAGACAAAGCAGCCCAGAAGGACAACGAGAAAGACACCGCAGACGACCCCGGGAAUCUGAAGCUUUGAGAGAUUGACCCCAACUCUGAGACCAAGCCUACCAGACCAGACCUUUUGGACAUGGAUGAAGGUACGCACUCAGGCACACACACAAUAACAUGAUCAAACAGGGAUGCUUAUGGUGUAUGAUAAUGUGUGUGUGUACGUGUGUCAGGACUGUGCUGAUGUUGGAGAGUGUGGAGGAUGCAGUCCUCAAGCAGGGAGUAGACUACCCCCUAUCGACAAACCUUUCCCCCUACACCAGCCCAGAGAUGCUGCAGGCCACGGAGGACGCUGCUGGGGGGGUGUCUGGAGCUGAUAGGGGGGUGUCUGGACCCGUGUUGACCAGUACCAGGUCUGCAGAUGUCUGGGCUUUGGGGGUGAUGCUCCAUGCCAUGCUAUUAGGGCGCUACCCAGAGAGGACAGGACUUACCGGAGGGCGAGGGGGUGUGGUCUCGUCUCAUUCCCGAUGUGUGAUUCGCUCAGCUUUACAUUCUAACCCUGCCCUCCAUCUCUCUGCCUCUGAGUUACUGACCCACCCUUGGCUCAGCUCUCAGCCACGCCCACUCCCCACUGCACACACUCGCAGUCACACACACGACCAGACAGUGCCUACCUGACACAUACAGAUAUACGCACAUACAGCCAGGGUGUCCCUACCUGAAAGACAAUGUGCUGACUAACACAAACCCAGUCUUCUGUAGUGCUGCUGGCUGUAUUUGUCUUGAGGCAAUUCAAAUAAAGUGUAUUUCACAGA